GUGUGCGCGAGCGUGUGAAAAAAAUCGGUGGCGCGCAGCAUCGCUCAAUAGAUGGCGGUGGCUGGGGUAGUUGUGAUGUGCUGCAUUGUUUUCAUGGAUGUGCAUUUGGAUUAUUCAUUCUUAUGUAUGUAAUUGUUAUCCGAAAUUGUAUCAGUGGUUAAAGGACAGUUACAGUUCGUAAAACUUGAAAUAGUGGAAAAAGAGCAAGUGUACUUUUUGGAAGGUGUAGUUCUGCCGUGGCAAAAAAAGACUAUUGUCCGUGUCGUGGUGGUGUACUUUUUUCUUAACAAAAAUUUGGUAUUUCAUACAGUUUUGAGGAUAAAUUGAAGGAUUAAAAGAUGGGGUGUACCCUGAGCGCAGAGGAUAAAGCUGCGGUUGAACGCAGUAAAAUGAUCGACAGGAACCUGAGAGAGGAUGGUGAAAAAGCUGCCAGGGAGGUCAAACUGUUGCUGCUGGGGGCUGGAGAGUCUGGCAAAAGUACAAUAGUAAAACAAAUGAAAAUUAUACAUGAAGCUGGCUAUUCAGAAGAAGAAUGUAAACAGUACAAAGCUGUAGUUUACAGUAACACCAUCCAGUCUAUAAUUGCUAUUAUCAGAGCCAUGGGAAGGUUGAAGAUUGAUUUUGGUGAUCCUGCAAGAGCUGAUGAUGCUCGCCAGUUGUUUGUGUUGGCUGGCGCAGCAGAAGAAGGUUUUAUGACUGCAGAACUUGCAGGUGUUAUAAAGAGAUUAUGGAAAGACAGUGGAGUUCAGGCAUGCUUCAACAGGUCUAGGGAGUACCAACUGAAUGAUUCAGCUGCAUAUUACUUGAAUGACCUUGACAGGAUAGCACACUCGAACUAUAUUCCAACUCAGCAAGAUGUUCUCAGGACCAGAGUUAAAACAACAGGCAUAGUGGAAACUCAUUUUACUUUCAAGGAUCUUCAUUUUAAAAUGUUUGAUGUAGGUGGACAGAGGUCUGAACGUAAGAAGUGGAUCCAUUGCUUUGAAGGAGUUACUGCGAUAAUCUUCUGUGUAGCACUUAGUGAUUAUGAUCUGGUUCUUGCUGAAGAUGAAGAAAUGAACCGAAUGCAUGAAAGCAUGAAGCUGUUUGACAGUAUCUGCAAUAACAAGUGGUUCACAGACACUUCAAUUAUUCUUUUCCUUAAUAAAAAAGAUUUGUUUGAGGAGAAGAUCAAAAGAAGCCCUCUUACAAUCUGCUACCCAGAGUAUGCAGGAUCAAAUACUUAUGAGGAAGCUGCUGCAUAUAUUCAGUGCCAGUUUGAGGACUUGAACAAGAGAAAAGACACAAAAGAAAUUUACACGCAUUUUACUUGUGCAACAGAUACAAAGAAUGUGCAGUUUGUGUUUGAUGCUGUGACUGAUGUCAUCAUAAAAAAUAACUUGAAGGACUGUGGCCUGUUCUAAAGCUGCACAGUGAAAUACUGGAGAAGCUUGGUGAACUUGAGAGGAAGUGAAAAUAUAUUGAGUGAUGGACCAGUACUGUAUUAUUUGCCAGUUCCAACAGCUUUAUUUAUGUUUUGUCUUGUAAAUUUUAAUUAGUAUUAGAUCACACUUCAGAUGUGUCCAUUUUGUAUGUAUACUUGUUAUUGUAACAGUGUUUUAUUGUCUGAACGUUUAACAAGAAAAAUGUAACUGCUUACUCCCCUAAAUUAGUCGUGUAGGUAUGUGUUUAAGACUGUCGUUUAAAGUUCAUCUUGUGGCAUACUCUUCUAAAAAUAGAUUAUUUUUAAAAGCAAGCACAUUUGACAUUUGUCAUGCCUUUUUAAGCUUAAAUAGCUUUUAACUGACCUUGUUCACCAGAAAGUGCUUAAAAAAUGUUGCCACAAGUACUGAAGCUUACAAUAUUGUCGGCAUGUUAUUCAUAUGCACAAGAGUUUUAGGCAUAUUUGGAAGCUUUGUUUCAUUCCAUAUUACCCUGUAUACUGUUGCAUUUCCCAUCACGUAGUAUUGUGCAUAUUUUAAUUUUACUUUGAAAAGAGCAUCAUCUUUGUAAAUAACUUAUUGUGUUUUGUUUAGUCUCUUGCUUGGUUUAGGAUGGCAGAGCCCACCAUAGCUAAAAUAGGCACAUAAUCUUGACAGUUUUGCUGGAUUUAAUUACCAUAAUGCAGUUAUGCUGUAAAAUCCAAAUACGGUUGUGACUCGUUACUUAGAUUUAUGACCUGUUUUUCCUGGUUAGACAGCAUUGCUUAUUUUUUUACAUUUAGGUAGAUACAUUUUAUUGCAAAUUUCUAAUGAGACAGAAGCAUUGUCUUGUAUUUUAAAUUACAUUAUUUGUAUUUAACUGUGUGGUGUUUGCAGCAGUUAUACAGAGGGAAGUAUUGCACAUGAUACUGCAGUCUUGUUAAUCAUUAACCCUUUUCCGUAUUUUUAAGUUGUAAGGCCGCCUUUUUUUUUAUUGUGGGAGGUUAGUAAGCUGGUUUUUGUCUGGUCUGUCAGAGAAAGUCGUAACCAUGUAAGGAAAUUAUAGGAUUGUCAUAAAUUUUACAGUUAUGUCUAGAGCAUGCUGUCGAAGACCAACACCACUGUUAAAACAACCCUUAGAUUUUAUACUAUUUAAAACUUGUAAAAAAAAUUCUCGUAAUUUAAUUUCAUAUAUGAAGCAGGCUAUUUUGCAUCAUUUAUUCUAAUAAACAAUGUGCAUAGACAGACUGGGAAGUUCUGAAUUUUGUAGUCAAAAAUGAAAUUCAGAAUUAAAUUGGUUCUUAUGUUACAUUAUCGAAUGUAAUCAUGGAAUGUGCAUGAUUUUACCUACUUGUAUUCUCCUUUUAAGAUGUAUUUAAGUACAAAACAAUUGAUCUUUUAACAGUUUCUCCAAAUUCUUUAUGUGCCUUGCUUAACAAAACAAUGUCUAAUUGAAUUUGAUUGACUGAAAAUACAGGAUCCACAGCUAACUGUACUGAUAUAAUUAACAUACGGAGUCAUCAGUAGAUGCAAGUCCAUUGUUUAGUCAGAUUUUUAACUCCUGAACUACUGAAAUGUUACUAAGGGAAGGAAGCAUUACUGAUGGGUUUUUUUUGGACUUUGGUCUUUACAAACGUAUGUAUGUCUGUGACUAAGCUUGAUUAAAAAAAAAAUUAAAGAUUUUUUUUGAACUUUUA